AUGCUGUCGGCUACCCUCGUUGAUACAGCAGGGAUUCUUGAAAACAACGACCCGAUCGAGAAUGAAGGCGUCAAGGGGGCGAGGGAAAAGCUGAACGAAGCGGAUAUCGUCGUAGCUGUGUCUGAUGCUCGAGAGGACGACAUUGUGCUUGACGAACUUAUCAUCGAUCUACAAGAGGCUGUGAACGGCGCACCGAUCAUUGCUACCGGAAGCGCUGCCGGUGAAGCCGAUGGACAAGACGCCGCCCGACUUCUCAAUCUGCUUAGAUUUGCUGAAUUGCGGUAUAAACCAGAAGUCGGGAAUGGCGAGAUUCAAUGGGGCGGAAGUUGGCACUGGCCAGCUGUACAGAAGUCCUCAAGCUCGCGCCGGCCAGCAGAUCAGGAGGAAUCGACGAUUGCUCAGAAUGGACUACGCGAUGAUCCGCCACGCUAUGGACGGAAGGUGUUAGGAACGCGCAAGGAAAGGCGCUUCUCUCCAGAAGACGGUCUACAACUUUUCCAGUUGCUCGACAAUUCGAAGAGCCUCAAGAGCGAGAUGGUGAACCGGAAAUGCCUGACUCGAUGCAACAACCCGACGACACACCGCCCCGCUUCAUGGUCUGCUUGUAUUGCUGCGAUACGACAUUCGGAGGAGAAUGAUGGGAAGAUGUCGAUUGGAUGGAACGAAGCCUUGGCUGACGGGGAGAGUGAGGCGACAAUUGGAGCGUCUUCAAAUCCGAGCCACUACCAUCAGGAUAGGAUGCUGCCCAAUUUGAAGGUAUUCGGGUCC